AUGAAGUUCUUCAGUAUCCUAGGCUUGGGCAUGAUUGCCACAGUUGUUGAUGCAGCUUAUCCCAACCCCGGCAAUGGCCCCGCGGAUGCUUGCUAUACUGCUGUUGCGAAGCCCAACAAUAAGCAACGCACCAGCGACUGCAAGUCAUUUCUUCUCACAACAGUGACUCCCAAGAAGUCUACCAUCUAUAAGACAACUACGAUCACCAGAAAGACUCCGACUGUUACCAAGUCAAUCACUGUCACCAGCACCUCGUCCGCAAUCGACACCAGCAUCAGUUCUGUAGUACAGACCGUGACAGAUAACAUCGUCGUUACGCGAACCGUCGAUCAUACCAAGACCGUGACAGAGCAGACCACAACGACAAUCACAACCGACGUUGCCGAUCCUGCCCCAAGCGUUAAGCGCAAGCGCUCUGUAUCUCGUAUCCCAGAAUACCUCGACAACCUGUGCACCAACUCUGCUCAGUACUCGUCGGCUUGCUCCCGCAUUGGCGUCACUGCCAAGACAGUCACCGGUCCUCGCGUUACUGUCGUUUCCAACAUUGUGCGCGUCAAGAUCCCGCGCGCCACCACGGUUCGCACGACUGUUAGCACCACCUGGGUCACUCAGACGGUAAAGACCACCGUCAUCUUGAAGACGUACAGCACUGAAGAGGUCACCAAGACUAUCGACGUCGUCACUGACGAUGUCACCGUUGCGACAAAGACCGUCACCGAGACCACUACAAAGACAGAAGCAGCCAAACCGCUCGAAACAGUCACAUUCUUUGCAGCUGGUGUCGACGAUCCCGCACUGGGCGGGUUAGGGAUGGCGAACAUUGAGUGGAGACAGGCCGGCAGCUAUUACAUGACCUUCAGCCGCGAUGGAAUUCAGAGCUAUACUUUGAACAAGUUGACUGGCGAGGUAAAAGCAUUUAAUGGGCCAAGCGAUGUGAUUGGCAAGUCUGCUUCAUACAGUUAUUCUCCCGGAAGUGGUAACCCCUUUGGCAAUGCCAUGUUGCAAGCUAGUGGCGCUGCACCCUUACUCUGCAAGGCCGCAAAUGGACCAGGAUAUCGAUAUCUUGAGUGCAAGUUCGACACUAAUAAAAUUGCCGACUUUUGGCUAUGCAAACAGCGCUUGGUCGUCGUGUAUCCAGGCUACAGUCUUUCGAGAUGUUACAUGGAUGGGCAAGCUUACACAGGGUACAAGAUUUCUUACAUUCAGAUACAGUCGGUUCAAUAG